AUGUGUCUCCAGAGUUCGGCACGGAAGAUCUUGGUGAUUCUUCGACGUGGCCCCCCCGAACGCGCAUGCCGACCGUGUGAUGUUCUUCAAUAUCGUUAUGAGUUGGCAGAAACGAUCGACAAUAGGACAAACAAACUGAGUGGCACCUUUACAAACUUCACUCACCUCGAAGAGUUUCCCAUAAGAAGCUCACGUGAUGACGGUGAACGAGACUUCCUUGCAGACCCUCAGCGUUCUUUGCUUGGGGCGUUUCUCAUCGACAGGCAACUGCGCAAGAUCCUGAUCGUGGUGUUGGUGCUGAACCUGCUCUUCUGGAUGGUGGUAAUCCUGUGGCGUGUGUACAUCCUCAAGCGGGCGCGGGACCAGAUACGACGCCAGCGGCGCCAGGCGGCCGAGGCCUUCGCCAACCCGUCGCUGGUCACGAGCCUGGCUGUGGCAGGCAACAAUGUACGGCCUUUUGCAGAGGCCGUGGUUUUCAGCCCAACACGCACUACCCGGCCGUCCAUGGUAGCACUUCAACGACGUUAUCACUAUGCAAGCUGUAGUGGUGCUUGUGGCAGAAGCACGAGAAGUAGCAGCAGAAGUAGUAGUAGUAGUAGUAGUAGUAGUAGUAGUAGUAGUAGUAGUAGUAGUAGUAGUAGUAGUAGUAAAAGUAGUAGUAGUAGUAGCAGUAGUAGUAGUAGCAGUAGUAGUAGUAGUAGUAGUAGUAGUAGUAGUAGUAGUAGUAGUAGUAGUAGUAGUAGCAACAGGAGGAAGAGCAAGAACUGGUAUGUGGCAGUUAGCGCAGAUGAGUCAGCAUUCUACAACGAAAGCGGCUAUAACCAUGGGCAGAUCAACGCUUCGUGUAUUGGGCGGGCAGCUAUUCAUCAGCUCAGGAAAAAUAAGAAAAAAAAGAAAAGAUCCUUAACGCUUACCGCUGCCACUGGUGGAUCCACAGAGAGAGGACCACGGCCUUUUGCAGAGGCCGUGGUUUCCAGCCCAACACGCACUACCCGGCCGUCCAUGUGCGAGGGAACGGCUACCCUACCCGCGGCUACCUCCCGAGAUGGCCGCGAGCGGCCGUUCGUGUUGGCGACGCCUCGCAAUGAGCUGCCGCCUCCCUACGACGAGGCCAUCAAGUAUCCGUCCCUGGACUGGACAAACUCUGGCUGCGAGCUGCCAACCCUGCGCGCCCCUGUCCCGGGCAGUGGCGGAGGUGGAACGGGGCCCGGGCUCCCUGCACCUCAACAGACGCUUCCCGAGCCUAGCAGACCUCCGGUUCCACCAAGGCCCAGCCGAGCGCCGCCUGCGAGGCCUAGUGUCCAGGUGGACUCGUCGGCCCCGCCCGACGCGGCCGUUCUGCCCACCUACGAAGAGCUACAGAGACGGGGCACUGUUCCUAACCCAGAAAUAGUGCUGACCGUUGGAAGCCACAUGAGAAACCAGAGCGCCUGAACCGGGUGCCACGGUGAUUCUGCGGCCUACAGUGACUGUGCGCGUCGGCUAACAAAACCGAAUGUGCGGUACAGAAAGGUGUUUUGUAGGUGCUCUGUUGAUCUCAAGUGUUUAGGACGUUCUCGUUCAGUACACAUUGAUUCAUCUAUAACUUCACCGCAGGUCGGCUUCGACAAACAGGGUCCCAGGCUGGGAGGAAACUGAGAACAUGUUGCUCCAUGCUCGCAGGCGUGGUUCUAGUCAUGAAUUCGAUUGGCGAUGCCACGUACGUAGAGUCCGAACGAACAACACUAUCACCUGCCGGUAAAAGCGGUGGCUGUUUUUCGAUCUCUAAGGAGCAGCGGGAGUAACGACAAGAAACGUACAAAGUCGCAUAACAAUUUCGGAAACAGCCCUCCCCCGUCCAUCCAGACCCCGUCCAAGCUUGCACGGUGUGGCCAGACGCUUUACGUUCUUUAGGCACGUGGUCGAUAUACGGAGCUGUAAAUUGCUCCUGGAAGCAGAAUGAUACUUUGACAAAUUUCUUGUACUAAUUUCAUGGUGCAGGUUAGUAAAGAGAGCGACAAUCUGGAUUGCGAGAGAAGUUGGAAGAACCACCAAAAGUUGACAAUAUCAAAAUAAGGCAUGAAUGUCUUCCGAGCUUCUUGAGCUGUCUUUGCAGCUGCAUGCGAACUUUCACAGUGCAGAAUUUUGCGCACCGCGAUCGCUAAGCGUGCGCCGGUGGCAAGACAAAUUGUUUUCAUGCCAACCGACACAAGAGUUACGUGCAAUAGGUUCAGCUUUGAAAAGGCAAUUAAAUAAUGCUUCAGGCUAUAAUAGCAACAAAGCCACAAGUGUAGGUCUAAUUCACACCUUCCAAGUGCCUCGUGGUGAAUGGCUUACACCUAAAGCCAUUCUGCCCGUGGUACAGUGAUCCGUUGUACGGCAGAAGCGGGGCAUCGAGUAGAUGUCAAGUUUUGUGUGCUCGCGGUCGUGUCAUUGACUGAACUGUGUGCGGCGAAAACCGACGUGCCUUAUUGUUAACUCUUUUGGCGAAGAACCGAAGUCCAAGAAGAAGAAAUGAACACGAACUGGUUUAUGUUAUUCUCGUGCUCCUAGAAUUGCCAAAGAGGUACUUGUUUGUCUGAA